UCAAGGGCCAUUAUAGUUGUACAGCAAGGAAUGACCCCAUCAGCUAAACAAGCACUAGUUGAUAUGGCUCCUAAGUACAUACUGGAGCAGUUUAUGGAGGCGGAGCUUAUGAUUAAUAUAACUGAACAUGAGUUGGUUCCAGAACAUAUUGUGAUGACAACUGAGGAAAAGAGAGAAUUAUUAGCAAGAUAUAAAUUAAAGGAGCACCAGUUGCCUAAGAUACAGUCAGGUGACCCUGUUGCUAGGUACUAUGGGCUGAAAAGAGGACAAGUAGUAAAGAUCAUAAGACCAAGUGAAACAGCUGGCAGAUAUGUCACAUACAGACAAUUGUACAAUAAACACGAUUUCAGUUUUGGAAAAUUUAUUAUUAAUCAGCAACACCUUUAAAGCUUUACGAUA